AUGGUUCUCGCGGCAGUGAUUGCUACACUGCAGGCGUGGCUUGCCGCGUGCAUUUCGUGGUGGUAUGCAGGGUUGAGACGAGAGUACGGGGACAGUGCCAACAUUGAACACAUGGAGAGGACUCUGCUCAAGGAAUUGCUCCGUGGGAAACAGCAUAUCAAGUUCAGCGAGCUCGGGAAUGACGAGGGGUACGUCCGUGCAGUGCUUAUUAGACACUGCGCCCACGAUGUGUCCCUGUACGGCGGAGAGUGCAUCCCCACGGAUGACACAGAGAGGGCAAAACUUGUCUCCCACUUGCAAGCACGCAUCCAGGGCACCCAAGACGACAAUGUCCUCUUCGGGUUCUUCCACCCGUUCUGUAACGCCGGUGGAGGUGGCGAGAAAGUACUAUGGAAGGCCGUACAGACGACACUGGACCACGACCCUAGAAACGUCGCCAUUGUGUACACGGGGGACACGGACGUCACUGGGCCACAGAUCCUCACCAGCGUCGUCCAGAGGUUUGACUACACACUCCCACGUAACCGUAUCGUGUUUGUGUUCCUUAAAGGCAGGGACGCAGUCGACGCGAAGAACCAUCCAAGACUCACACUCCUGUUCCAGGGCAUCGGGUCCUGCAAACUCGCUCAUGAGGCUCUCUCCCGUUGCAAACCAGACGUGUGGUGCGAUACAAUGGGGUACCCGCUUGCUUAUUUGCUUGUCUUCGCGAUGAUUCACGUCCCAAUUGUCACCUAUACGCACUACCCGCUUAUCCAACAAGAUAUGCUCAACUCACAGGGGCUCAGCACGGCAAAGAAAAUGUACUGGAGUCUCCUCAUGGGGUUCUACAUGGGUAUGGCGCAGUUUGUCACCGUGUGCACUACAAACUCAACAUGGACAAACAGACAUAUGACCCAAAUAUGGCACGCGAUGCGUGAAACACCACAGGUCAUCUACCCGCCCUGCUCGACGGAGAAACUAGUCGAACAGGUCACCCCAGCAGAACAACGCGCCAACACAGCGGUCGUGCUCGCCCAGUUCCGCCCAGAAAAGAGACACCGCUUGAUCCUCGACCAGUACGCAAUGUACGCGGAUACAGUGGAGGACCCCACUUCGCGCAUCACGCUCACGUUCAUCGGGUCCACCAGGUCACAGGAGGACAGGGACUACGUCCAGCAACUUAUCGAGUACGCCCGCGAGGUGCUGCACUUGCCCGCGAGAGACGUGCGCUUCCUCACUGAUUGCUCCUACGAUGAGGUGAAGGAACAGCUUGGGAAGGCCACUUACGGCAUCAAUGCCAUGUGGAAUGAGCAUUUCGGGAUCGCUGUUGUAGAGUACAUUGCUGCGGGGCUCAUCCCGCUCGUGCACGCCUCCGCAGGGCCCUUGUUAGACAUUGUGAGCCCACAAGUGGGGUUCUUCUUCGUCGACAAGUUCGAUAGAGACUACACACAGGAGAGGGGCACGCAGUACGGCACCUUGGCCGCUGCAUUCAAAAGUGCAUCGCAGUUAUCCGCGCAAGACAAACACACACGGUCCACGAUGGGUGUGCACGACGCAGUCACGAAGUUUUCGGACCAGACUUUUGAGACCCAGUGGAUUGAGAAAGUGUUACAAGCGCUUUGA